AUGAUGGAUCGCUGUACCUUCUUCGUUUGGAUUGGCCUCAGGAUCACUCUAGUAGCCCAAGGCCUCUUCCUUGUGCUGAAUGCAGAUGUGCUGCCUCUUCUCCUCGAGUUUUGUAUCUUUCUUCUUCCUCGGGGAGGUCCCGAAAAGUCAGGAAUAAAUGAUGUUCAGUUUUUAUGCGACUGCGGAGGUUCGUGGUGCCAAUUAAAUGGUUUAUACCUAGGUAUUUUUACUGACGAAAGCAAUGUAGCUGAUGGAUCUGACCUGUACACUGAUGCUCUUGACGCCGUCAAGGACAUUGAUUGGUCGAUGAUCGAUGCGGUUCUGGUAUCAAACUCUCAAAGUCUGAUUAUGCUUCCUUACAUAACUGAAAUGCCAAAUUUUCGCGGAAAGGUGCUCACAUCGGGUCCCGUUCUGAGUCUGUCUGACAGCCGGCGAUGGCUCCUUCGUUACACUAAGGAUCAGGCAAUUACCGCUCUUUCAAGAGUACAAACACUGGCCUAUCAUGAAUACGUCAGUCUUUUUGGCCUUAUCAAAGUGAAAUGUGUCUCCGCUGGCUAUGAAAUUGGUAGUUCAAAUUGGGUUCUUAAAACUGAUACUGAGAAACUGGUUUACAUGUCACGUUCUUCUCUUUACCCUUCAUUCUCGAUGCCAAUGGAUUUCUCCGAGUUUUCUGACGUUGAUGUUUUGAUGAUUGGUGCUGUAAAUACCUCCGACUCCAUUCCAUUCGAGGUUGCUAUGGGUUAUUUUAAGACCAUAACUGUUCAGACUCUCGCUCGUGGUAGUCAUGUGAUGAUUCCCACUCUUCCCUCUGGUCUAAUCUACCAUCUCCUCGAAGCGGUUGCUUUGGCCAAGGAGGAAUUUGAUGGGAAUCUCCUUUCGGAAUUUGAUAGGCCCGUCUCUGCCUCGGCUGCGAGGGGGACGACUGCAGGAGGAGGAUCAGACAAAGCUAUUCCGAAAGGUGGUGUCUCUUUGGUAGGAAAAGUGGCCAAUUCUCCUUGCCUAUUCAUCUCGACCCAGGCGAAAGCUAGUCUAGCCUACGCCAAUGCCUCGGGCGAGUGGUUGGCUGCUGAUCGCGAGUCGGCGCUCUAUGUUGCAGACUCGCCCUUCUUCUUCGACAUGUGGAUCCGCAAUCAUCAUUUGGCCACUCUGGCCUCGUUACACUCCACGCCGGGCCAGGUAAAUAGUGGAGACAGUGGUCGUAGGAAGAGAGACAGCAGUGCAUGGGCAGAGGGGGGUUUUUGGUCAUCCUACCCCACUGUCUUCCUCUCAAGCCAUCCCUCUUGCCGCCUUGGCCCUGCGGUACACCUUAUUCGCGCACUCUCAUUGGGCUCUAGCAGACAACGACCACCGCAGCAACAACAACAACAACAACAGUGUCCAAACACAAAUGCUUUAAUACUCGUUCAGUCGGAUGAAUUCUGUCGAGGAAAGCUGAAUGGUCAUCAAAAGCUGCGACAGGUGUUAGAACCACUGAAGAGCUUUGGAGAAGUUGGAACGGAUUGGAGUGAGGAUGAGACGAUCCUCGGACUGCCCGUUCAUCGAUUGGGCGUAGGUUUAACUGCCUUUUGGCUUCCCCUGCGGCCGGACAUCUCGAUAGCUGAACUGCCCACUCUCCUGGCCAACUGUAGUCCCCCAAAACAGGCCUUGGUGGUGCCACUGGAGGUCUGUCGUGGAGCCAAGGUCCCCCUUCCCCCGGUAUCCAUCUUCAUUUUGUCAGAAGCUGCCCGAGGAAUUGGUUGGCGACAGAGUCUGGAUAUUGAGCUGGCUACACCCUCAAUGGUCCGCGUGCAUGUCGAGACAGAGGUUCUAUCAUCACGCUGCGCAUUCGCUAUGGCCGCUACCCCAGCUAACACCACCACCACUAACUCGGCUACGGGAGCCACCUCAGCCUCCGCAGCUAAGGAUCCACGACGUGCUCGUGACACUCCUACGCAUGUGGCUCUCGUGGAGGGGCGACUGUGUUUUCGCGAUGGUAAAUACCGUCUUGAAUCUCUGGAACCAGAUGGGUCUCUGAUGACAAGCGAAAGAGGCAUGCUAGGCCGCCCCACUACUUCACCGCCACCGUCGCCAAAGCGCUCCUCUAGUCCGUCCCCCUCUGCUCCCACUUCCUCUCCACGCCCAACAUGCGCGUCGGAGGCAGUAGGGGUGUAUCGGUUGUUAUUGGCCAAGACUUCAACAAUGGGAGGAGUGACGGUAGAUGCAAAUCAACUGGUAAAGCACCUCACUGAGUCGGGCGUAACGGGCGCACAGGUGAUCGCUGACGCUACCCUUCUCGACGCCUUCCUUACCACCCAUCGCCACCUCCACCGUCGACUACCAUCGCACCUCCUACCGCCUACCGCUGCCACCGCGAAAAACACUGCCCUAGUUGUCUUUCCUAACUCAAUGACGACAAUCUUGCUCACAGAAGGGAGCAGUCACAUCACAUGCCAGGACGAAGGAACACGAAUGGCUAUUCGGAACUCUCUCCUUGCUUGCUCACCUCACAUGCUCGCUGUACCCUCAGCCGUCACUUCUGCCACCUCUGGUUCACUCCACUAG